CAAAAACCCUUGAAGGAAUCGUAUUGAAUCCUAGCUCAAAACCCAGAUAGAGAAACAGAGAGAUGGCUGUUGGAAUAUUGGAAGUGCAGCUGGUGAAUGCAAAAGGCCUCAGAGACACUGAUUUCUUUGGUGAUAUGGAUCCAUAUGUUCUAGUGCAAUACAAAAGCCAAGAGCGCAAGAGCAGUGUAGCUAGAGGUCAAGGUGGUCAUCCAGUUUGGAAUGAGAGGCUUGCAUUCAAGGUCGAGUAUCCAGGACAAGGUGGCGAAUAUAAGCUGAGUCUUAAAAUCAUGGACAAGGACACCUUUUCUUCUGAUGACUUCAUUGGUGGAGCCACGAUCUAUGUGAAGGAUUUGUUGACAUCGGGAGUGCAAAAUGGAACUGCCGAACUACAUCGCAGCAAGUACAGAGUGGUUGAUGCUAGCCAAUCAUAUGUUGGAGAGGUUCAAGUUGGUGUCACUUUUACCCUCAAGGAGGAACAAAAUUAUGACGGGGAAGAGUACGGCGGAUGGAAUGAAAGCAGUUUUUAGGUCUCCUGCUCCCAAUGCUAGCAGUAGCUUUUGUGGUUUGAAAUUUUUGGAAGGCUAUGCAACUUCCUGUGAUCUUGUUCUUAUGUUAGCAGAUGAGGGUCUAGCUCAAGGCUGCAUGGCAUUACAGUGUUUGUUUAAAAGUUUCCAUUUUCUUUUCUUUUUAAGAUUGUUGUCGUUGUUAAUCUGUUUCAUAUUCCCCACGGCCUACUGAGCAUCUUGUAAAUCCAGUAAAUAGGUAAGGUAUUGCGGGGAUG